AUGUCUAUGACAUUCAUUUUAUUAGAGUAUUGUGGUCCGGAUGAAUUUCGUUGUAGUCGUGCACGAAAUGAAUGUAUACCCUUAACCAAAGUUUGUGAUUUCAAAACCGACUGUCUUUACAAGGAGGACGAACAGCUCUGUGAUUUCAAAACUCUGAAUGACCUUUGCAGCCAGGGCUUAACGUCACCUUCUCCCAAUAUAUCUUUGCAACACAACAUGAAAGACAGCAUUGAAACAGACGUAAACGCCCUCGAUACCCGUUUGAAUCCCUGUUACAAUGGACAGCUUUGUUCAGGUGGCUUCUCUAAUACUUGUUAUCUAUCGUGUCCCACUGGUUGCUCCUGUUUUGGCUUAUCUUUUAUUUGUACCUCUAACAUCGCUCCAGUCUUCGCCACUUCUGUUACGCUAAUGGGUCUAAAACAAGAGAAACUGGAAUUCAGUACCUAUAACUAUGACAAAAUCUAUCGGAAUCUUAUAGAACUUAAGAUAAUUGAUUGUGAAUUGCAAAACUUAAUAAUUGUUGGGUUAGUUCCGAUACAAAUAUUAACUAUUAGCAACAGCACAAUCGAGGAAGUUUACAUUGAAGAUGCUAAUAAUUACCUUCAAUAUUUAAAUAUAGUUAACAGUGAUUUUGGGGAACUAAAAUUUGAUUUGUUGCACGGGUUUAAAAUUUUAGGAUUCGAAUUUUAUGUUCACAAAAGUUUGCUGAGAAAAAUAGUUUCGACACAAUAUCCCAAGUUGACUGGCGUGCAUGUGCACAUGUCGAAGGCCAUUGGUUUUCCGUACAUGGUCCAUCGAUUUUUUAAUAAAGUAGUCAAUUUAUCGUUUUGUGAUAUGCUUGAUCCACCUUAUUCAAGGCAAAAUAUCAUCACACUUGAUCUAAGUCACAAUCUUCUGAAAACCUGGGAAAUUUCACCUUUUGUUAGAAUUUUACAUCUUCAGCAUAAUUUGAUUGAAACCGUAAAUUUCACAGGGGAUCUUUGGCAUUCUCAGGCUCGUUUGAUGUACCUAGAUUUAUCCUAUAAUAUUAUUGAAAAAAUUAACAAAAAAGAUCUCGACGAACUGCCAAAUCUUUUAUAUUUAAAAAUUCAAAAUAAUCGGUUAGUUCAUGUUCAUGAAAGCGCUUUUAAAACCGUUUCAAAACUUUUACAUUUAGAUCUGUCAAGUAAUUACCUCCGUUAUUUAAAACGAAGUCAUUUCAUUUAUUUGUCAAAUUUACAGUAUCUUUACCUUAAAAACAAUAAUAUAAAGGUUGUAGAAGGAAUGUUUGAUGGUCUUAUAAAUAUUCAGUUACUUCAGGUAGAUUCCUUUACGUUUUGCUGUGCUCAACCAAAGGCUGUGAACAAAAUAAAUUGUUCAGCACCGAUCAACGAGAUCUCUUCUUGUUAUAACUUAAUCGACACCCCCCUUCUGACAAUCAUAAUAUGGUAUAUAGCCAUUUUAGCUGUGUUUGGAAAUUUAUUGGGACUGAUUUAUAGAUUUUUGGUCUUGAAGGAGAAGACUAUUUCACCUUUUGUCAUUUAUUCUAUAAAUCUUGGAAUUGCUGACUUCCUAAUGGGAGUGUAUCUUUAUAUCAUUGCUGGUGCUAACUUAGUGUUUAGUGGUAGAUAUGGUUUUGAGGACGACUUUUGGAGACAUAGUCCUUUAUGUGUAUUCGCUGGUGUUGCGGCUACUCUCUCCAGUGAAGCGUCAGCUUUGUUCGUCCUUUCGAUCACCAUUGACAGAAUUCUUAUCAUUCGUUUCCCUUUCUCAGGAUUAAGAAACAACCACUGGGUUCCUAAAAUAGUUUCCUCUUUUGUUUGGAUUCUUUCUCUCCUGUUGGCAUUGUUACCUUUAACCGAAAGUGAAUACUUUAGCGAUUAUUAUUCCAGUUCUGGUAUAUGUAUUACUUUGCCAUUAUCUACUGUACGUAAAUCGGGAUGGGAAUACUCUAUGAGUAUAUUUGUCGGCGCCAAUUUUCUUAUUUUCAUUGCCAUUUUACUUGGACAAAUUGUAAUUUUCGUCGAUGUGGUUCGAAUGGGAAAAGAAGUGAGCUCUCAACGCAAUAUGCAAAGAAGAAGAGAAACCAAUUUAGCCAAAACUUUAAUUGCGGUUGCAAUGACAGACAUGUUUUGCUGGAUUCCCAUCGGAGUAAUCGGUUUGCUAACAUUUAUGGGUAUUGAUGUCACGCCUAAGGUGUACGCCUGGGUUGUUGUCGUAGUUCUUCCUAUAAACUCGGCUCUGAAUCCAAUCAUCUACACAUUCUCAGCAAUUCUAAGGCGCAGGGGACAGCAGGUACGACUCAAAUAA